UGGGGCAGCCAGGACAUCAGCAGAAGCGGCGGCGGCGGCGGCGGUGGCGGCGGCAGCGGCGGCAGCUUCCCGGCCCGCUAGGGGCUUCCAGAGCUAUCGCGCAGGCACUGCUGCUACUGCCCCAGCAGCCCCCGCAGCCCCCGCAGCCACCACCCUGGGCUCUUCGGGAACGGGGAGAGUGGGAGUCCCCUAGCCGUCCAGGAAGGAGGGCAGCAGACUCGUGGGGGCGCCCCGGAAGCCUCCGCACCUUGGGAACCCUCUGCUGAAGUCUACGGGCACUAAAGGCCCCCAGAAGCUGCUUGAGGAAGUCCUUCCAACAGAGUGCCCAGCUGCAGACCAAGGAUGAAGAGGUCCCGAGGUUCUUGUGGUCACCCCUAUCUGGCUGCGCUGCUCAUCCUCCCUUCCCUGAGCCUGGCUCAGUAUGAGAACUGGCCCUACUACCCCGAGUACUUUCAGCAGCCCCAGCCCGAGUACCAGCAGCCCGAGCGGCCGGCUGGCGUCCCCAAGAUCCAGCUGCGUCUGGCGGGACAGAAGAGGAAGCACAACGAGGGCCGGGUGGAGCUCUACUACGAGGGGGUGUGGGGCACCGUGUGCGAUGACGACUUCUCCCUCCACGCUGCCCAUGUGGUCUGUCGGGAGCUGGGGUACGUGGAAGCCAUCUCUUGGACAGCCAGCUCCUCCUACGGCAAGGGAGAAGGCCCCAUCUGGAUGGACAAUGUUCAUUGUACCGGCAGAGAGGCUACCCUGGCGGCCUGCUCCUCCAAUGGGUGGGGCGUCACCGACUGCAAACACACAGAAGAUGUGGGAGUGGUGUGCAGUGAUAAGAGGAUCCCUGGGUUCAAGUUUGAUAACUCACUCAUCAACCAGAUUGAUAACAUGAACAUCCAGGUGGACGACAUCCGCAUCCGCGCCGUCCUCUCCGCCUACCGCAAGCGCACGCCCGUGACCGAGGGCUACGUGGAGGUGAAGGAAGGCAACAGCUGGAAGCAGGUCUGCGACAAGCACUGGACCGCCAAGAACUCCCGGGUCAUCUGCGGCAUGUUCGGCUUCCCCGCGGAGAAGAAGUACAACAGCAAAGUGUACAAGAUCUAUGCCAGCCGGCGGAAACAGAGAUACUGGCCCUACUCCAUGGACUGUACGGGAAGCGAGGCCCACAUCUCUGGCUGCAAAUUGGGCAAUCAGGCUGCGCUGGAUCCCGUAAAGAAUUUCUCAUGUGAGAAUGGGAUGCCUGCUGUGGUGAGCUGCGUGCCUGGCCGGGACUUUGCCCCCGGUAGCCACACGGGCUUCGGGAAAGCCUUCAAGUCGGAGCAACCCCUGGUGCGGCUGAGAGGAGGUGCCAACACCGGAGAAGGGCGAGUGGAGGUGCUCAAGAACGGGGAAUGGGGAACCAUCUGCGAUGACCAGUGGAAUUUGGUGUCUGCCAGUGUGGUCUGCCGGGAGCUGGGCUUUGGAAGCGCCAAAGAGGCCAUCACAGGCGCCAGGCUUGGGCAAGGGAUUGGGUCCAUCCACCUCAAUGAAAUACAGUGCACCGGGUUCGAGAAAUCCAUCAUUGAUUGUAAGUUCAACGUUGAGAACCUGGGCUGCAGCCAUGAAGAAGAUGCUGGUGUGAGGUGCAACAUCCCAGCCAUGGGCUUCCAGAACCAGCUGCGCCUGAAUGGGGGCCGCAACCCCUACGAGGGCCGCUUGGAGGUGCUGGUGGAGCGAAACGGGACGUUGAAGUGGGGGACCGUGUGCGGGGAGAACUGGGGCAUCGUGGAAGCCAUGGUGGUCUGCCGCCAGCUGGGCCUCGGCUUUGCCAGUAACGCCUUCCAGGAGACCUGGUACUGGCAAGGAGACAUCAAUGCCAACACGGUGGUCAUGAGCGGGGUCAAGUGCUCCGGAACAGAGAUGGCGCUGUCCCACUGCCGCCACCACGGAGAGAACGUGGCCUGCCCGGCCGGAGCGCACCACACCGCCGGGGUCACCUGCUCAGAAACUGCCCCUGACCUGGUCCUCAAUGCUGAGAUCGUCCAACAGACAACGUACCUGGAAGACCGGCCCAUGUUUCUGUUGCAGUGCGCCAUGGAGGAGAACUGCCUGGCAUCUUCUGCUGCCCAGACAUCACCCACCACAGGCUACCGCCGGCUGCUGCGUUUCUCCUCCCAGAUCCACAACAAUGGCCAAUCGGACUUCCGUCCCAAAAAUGGCCGCCACGCGUGGGUCUGGCACGACUGCCACAGGCACUACCACAGCAUGGAAGUAUUUACCCACUAUGACUUGCUGAGCCUCAAUGGGACCAAGGUGGCUGAAGGCCACAAAGCCAGCUUCUGCCUGGAGGACACAGAGUGUGAUGGAGAAAUCCAGAAGAAUUAUGAGUGCGCCAACUUCGGCGAGCAGGGCAUCACUCUGGGCUGCUGGGACAUCUACCGUCACGACAUCGACUGCCAAUGGGUCGACAUUACUGACGCCCCUGGGGACUAUCUGUUCCAGGUAUUGCUUUAGGAGCCCACACCCCAC